ACUAUUGACCCGUUCACCGGAAAAAACGUAAGACUUACAUUAUACGACUCCGGGUUAAUCGUCCUAUCGUCUGCGCAAAUAUCGGAAUACCACCUUUACAGGAAAUGGCGGCAAAUGAAACACCUUCAGAAAUAUAUGUGGAGAACAUUCAACUGAAGGAAGAAAUUGCAGACCUGAAACGGUUUAAAGAAAGAAUAAAACAGCAUUCUGGCGUUACAAACGAAGGUCCAGUCACAGAUGAAAAGGAGCAUUGGUUGCGGUUUUUGUAUGAUAGAGAUACCAGAGUUGUUAUAGAUAGAACCCCUACGUGCAACAAAUUUUGCACACAAUUUGUAUUGAAGACUAUGUUGAAAGUGCUGUUGAUAGUUCUUGUUGCUGGCUGUGUGACAACUGCGUAUGUGGUGACAGAAAGAAGACAUGACAGUACACUGCAGUCUUUGGUUUCCGCUGUAACAUCAUCUAACAAAGAGUCGCCUGGUGUUUACGGCGGCAUUUUACCUUUUGUCGCUAAUAAUGGUGGAAACACAGUUAAAGACACCCUACAGAAGAAUUACUUAAACAUAGGGUUGCGUCAAGACUACCAACUUCAAGAAUGUCAAGGGCCAGCACUUAAACAAUCUUUCCCCGAUGUGGAUUAUUCUCUACUUGGCUAUAACAUAUUAAAAGGCUUCCCGCUCGCCACUGGUCACGAUCCUGGCUUCACAUACCCAAUUUUUCGGCAUGAUUACUCUUCUGGUGGCAUGACCGCCGACUGCCGGUACAGUGUACCACGUGGCCUUGUGAUUAUCCCGGAUGUCUCGUGCGUAACUUCGUUUUCAUCAACAACAAUACAAACAAAAUACGAGUUUUCAAAGGCAUUGUCAGUUUCCGCUAGUGUAAGUGGAGGUGGCUGGGGAGUGAGUUUUUCUGCAAGUGCAGGCUACAAGCAAUCUUCAUCAGAAAUGUCCACCGGAGAAUCAGUCUACAUUAUAUCGUCUGCUCAUUGUAACUACUACUUUAGUAAGCUGAUAACGGAAGAGGCUCCACAGUUUGACAAUGUCUUUGUCAAAUGGAUUCACAAACUGAAUGAAACGGAUUGGGAUCCUGAAUUGUACUUCGAAUUCUUCGAAACAUACGGGACACACUUUCCAACCGAGGUUACAUUUGGCGCAAAAUUUAUCUACGAGCAUAAAAUGUCGUCUUCUAAGUAUGAACGUGAAAAGAAAAGCGGGGUCAAUGUUGCUGUCCAAGCAAGCUAUUCGGGGUUUGUCAGUGUAGGUGGUGGCUUCAAUUUAGAUUCCGAGCAAAGACAAGCAGCGUCCGAAUUCUCGAAAUCAGUUGAAACCAAGACAAUUACUGUUGGUGCUGCUCCGCCCGCAAACGGCGAUGCUAUGACAUGGGCGUCAGAGGUUAAAACAAGUCCAGUGCCAACAGCAUAUAAAUUAUUAUCGAUUGAACUUUUGUUUACUGACAGAUACAUGGGAAAAAUGAACGUAGACUACGAACGUAUUCGUAAUAAUAUAGACACUAAGAAACAUGAAUAUUGUCUAUAUCUUCGGAGACAAGGGAAAGUUGAGUCAUGUGAUAGUUUGGUUGCCGGAGUUGAGUUAGCAAAAACCAGAUUAUACGGUAAUUACAAAGAAAUGAAGGUUGCUCUGAGUUCGGAAUGUAUCGAAAAAUGUCUGGAAGAAGUAGAGUGUGUUGCAGUGGCAAUUUGCAUUACUUGCGAUAGUAGCAAUUUUGCUUUCAAUACUUGCUAUAUGUACACAGAAAGUAAAUACUCGACUUCAGCAGAUAGAACCGAAACAGAAAAUGCAGUUUGGCAAAGCAAUAUAUUUCCAGAGAAAAUGAAGUCUCAGAUUGAAUUUAGCGACACAGCAGUUGUCGGCGUCCCACGCGGAUUUGAAAAGGAUCAAGACAAAACUGCAAGCCAGAGAAAAUGCCACGAGCUUUGCAUCAAGGACGCCCACUGCGUUGCGUAUACGCACUGCGACUGUCCGAACAAAAUAGUUAAGUGCAAUAUGUAUAGCAAGGAGAGAAUAUCGGGGUUGGAAAAGGAGUCUGGCACGAAAGCAUUUUUUAUAUCGAGCCGUCAGCAUGUUAUAACAACUAGACCGGUACCGACAACUGCAACCAAUGCAUCAGAGGACAGCAACAUAUGAAUUAUCUCAAAUUGAGAAUUAAAGGGAAAGGCAACGUUAUUCUUAUGUUAAUUUACUGCUAGGAUUUCUUUAAUCAGUCAAAGAAAUGAAAGAAUUUUCAAAAUCGGCUUAAAAAUAAAAAAGUUAUGAGCUUUUAAAUAUUUGAUCAAAAUGGCGGCCAUUUUGUUUCCAUGGCAACAAAAAACAAAAUGGCGGACUGAUUAAAUUUCAUGGUACAUAUUUGAACUGUGUUUACCUAUUUCUGUAAAAUAAGUUCUCUACUUUUUCCAGCUAUAAUCAAGGAAAUUACUAUGUUUUACAUCUUAUACUAAAGAAACAUAUAACAUUAAUCUAUUGAAAAGGUUAUUUGCUGAAAAAAUCAGCAGUGUGUAAAUGACGUCAUAAACACACUAAAAUGACUAUCUCCAUGAUCAGCCAUUUUCUUAAAUUUCAAACUGCCAUAGCUUUUUCAAAAGUGGUCCGAUUUUAAAAAUUCUUUCAGCGUUAUGAAAGGCUUGAGGGUGACAUUCAUAUCAAAAUUAACAUAUUGUAAGGCAAUCCUUGCCCUUUAAUAAUCUUUUUCUUUAUGUGUGCGAAUGAUUGAUUUUUAAUGAACACUGAUCAUUUCUGCGUUACCACGGUAUAUUGAUCACGAAUUUACUACUUCAUGCCCUGUCUAACACAAAGGUAAAACAGAUGUAUGAAUGGUUGAUCUAUAACGGAUAGAAUGAUUGAUUUUUAACCGGUACUAAGUGAGUCCAUAAAAUUCAAUGAUAACCAGAAUAUAAAGCUAUACAAUAUCGGAUCCACAACAAUAUGAUAGUACUAUAUCUGUUAUGAUGUUUCAUUACAAGUUGAAUAUAUAUACCCAUUAAAAAUUCGUAAACUAUCCCAUUUUAGGGCCUUAAUAAACAGGGUUUUUUUUAAAAUUUAAAACCACCGGGAUUAAUUAGAGAAUAGCAGUAAUUGAUCUUUUAAGGACGAUAACUACAUGUAAAGAGUGUGCCAUCUCCAUAAAUUGUUGUCUUUAACGGACAAAAAUGAAAUUCCAUGUAAUGCCCAUGAAUGGUUGAUUCAGUCAUGAUAAGCAAUGUCCAAUGUACAAUUACAAGAUCCAGUGCAAUGACAACGAAUCAAUUUUAUACCUAUUUGAAUGCUGUCUCUAUAUAACUUUUUAUAUAUAUGAUGGUAUGCCUCAAGAAAACUAAUAUAAUAGAUCUCCAUGUUUUCUAUUGUAAUGGGUGUCAAGUUUUCUUUGAAUUUCAAUUCAAUUUCAGUUAAUUAAGUGUUAUAAUACACAGUCAGCUUUUAACCUUUGUCUUGCAUAGCUGUUAUAGGGAUGGGCACGAAUACUAAAUUAAUAUUCGAAUAUUCGAUUUGCCAUAUUCGAAUAUUCGGCUUAUUUAAUGAAAGCUUUAAAUACUUAAUAAGUGAUUGGCAUAUACACAAUAUAUUCUGUUGUUUAAAACGCGAAUCAUCGUAAUAAACAUGGACUGUUGGAUAAAAUUGCAAUGGCUGUGGUUUUUUAGUCAAGAUAAGGGAAAAUAAAUAAACAUUGAUAAUUGUAUUCACAAAUGUACAUCCAUAAAUCAACGUGUCAAAUUUUAUUCAAGUGUAGCUGAUACAGCUACAAAAAUAUCACUAUAAUAAAUGUAUGAUGGUAACUACAAGCAACUUUUAUUUUUUUUACAAAACAGGAGCCAAUUAAAAUGAACAAAAGAUGAAAUGGCUUCACAUUUACGCCUGUUGCAAACUGUUAAUCAGUAACUGUGGCCCCUGGACAAUUUUUGACACGCGAUAAACAAACACGACAAAACAAACGGUUUUAUUCUGCAUAAUUAGCAUGCAUAUGUUGCUCAAAAUCAACGCUACCUGUUUUGAAAAAAGAAAAUAUACACUAAUGUACAAAUAUUCGAAUUUGAUAUUCAUAUUCGUUCCCAUCCCUACUUUUUACGGUAUGCCUUUAACACAAAUAUUUAUUGUAAUGUGUGUCCGAUUUUCUUUCCAAGUUAAUUUACUAUUAAAAGUCACAUUUUCUGA